AUGGAAAAUCUCGUGUUCGUAUUUUUAGGACAUUAUUACGCUAUGUCUGGAUAUUACUAUAACUCAACUCCUCAUUGCUAUGCCUCCCAGUCUGUGUACCCACCUCUGCUUUACGCUCAUGAACCUACCGUAAAUGUCAACGAUGAUUUGGGAGUCCACGGGGGCAUCGUUUCUGAUAGCUCACAUGCAUCAGAGCAGACAACUCAAUAUCCCUCGUCUUCUUCUGAUUCUCAUUUGUACGAGCAGGAAAUGGACUCCGACUUAGAAGACUCCGAACAAGCGUAUGAGAUACCAAUUCCAUCUAUUUACGAUACGGAAAAGUUGCUGCGCGAGCAUCUACAGAUUCCCGAGACGAAACCCCUGAACCUUUACUCCCUUCCCGAAUGUAUUGAUCCUAAUGAUCGAGCUAUCAGGCCAUCUACUAUUGCUUUGGCCGCGCUUGCAAUUUGGGGAUCAGACUCAAAACGGCUUUCACUUCAGGAGAUAAUCACGGCCAUCGAGGCAAGAUAUCCCACUUGGGCAUGGUUCAACCCGACUUCUGGGUCUAAACCGGCAUGGAAGGCUUGGUUUAUUCGCAAGAGAAGACCUGGAUCUACCAACAAGAAAGACGGGAUCUGGCAUAUAAAUGUCGCAUACGGCUUCGUUGAUACUCGCCUUCGUAAACGGCGUUCAAGGCCUGAUGCUCAUUCCCACCCGUCACCAACUCCCUCUCCGACCAGUAAUCAUGAAUUUUCUGUCAUGACAGCACCGAUGCUAAAUAAUGAGUUGGAUAAUCAUCAUAUCGCAUCCGGAUCUCACAAUACAGUAUCUUACGGACCUCCGCAAACAACAAAUGCACAGGCCUAUCAAUACUUUGGCGUAGCAAGUUAUCAAGGGGAAGAGCAGAAUUAUGCGAGUUACCAACAGGCUGCACACCCAGCACCGAAUUCAUACAUCUUUAUUCAGGAACCAUAUCCUCGAACCUCGAAUAGGGACGCCAGGGGUCCAAACAUACAUCACCACGCGCACAUGGACUUUAUGCUGCCCGUAAACGCAACGAACAUGUCCCAAGGCUCCUCUAGUGGCCGCCAAAGUACCGAGCGCAGUCGCCGAGCUCGAGGAAGGCAAAUGCCACUGAGUGGGUCAAGGACCAGACGCACAAUGUAA